AUGGAUGAGCCGGCUGCAAGUGGACCUUGCGACUCGCUACCAGACGAAGUCCUGCUUCUCAUUCUCUGUAGGCUCGCUGUGCAGGACCCUCCUUCCCUGCUUGCGGCGACCGUUGCGUCAAGGACCUUUGACAGGCUGGCGCCGCCUCAGUCCGCGCUCUGGAAACACGUCUUCUACAAGGAGGUGCAGGCGUCGCCUCCGUAUGACUCCUUCGAAGCACGCGCGCUUGAGAAAGAGAUCGAGGAUUUCGGUGGAUACAAGAGUCUCUUUGUAGCUCAUGUGAAGGUGGACUCACAUUCGUCCUCUUCCAGGAGCCGCAAUCUGAACAAACACAGUGAAAGUCCUGAUGUGGAGAUUUCCACAUUCUUGUAUCUGAUGCGGACACGGGAUGGCCGUCUCUUUUUCUGGGGAGGGGGGACGGAAGGAGAGAGUAGCAAGCGGGGCACGCUGCUGACCACCGGAGAAAAACGCUUCCCCUUUAGCGCCCAACUGCAUCCUCUCGUUCGAAAUGCAGAAAUACGAGAGCUGACGCACGGGCAUCACCGCACCAAGCUCUGCUUGUGCAACAAGAUGGACUACGGAGUCAGCUUGGGGAGCAAGCACGAGAACGUGAGCUACUGCACGCUCGGCGGCGAAAUUGACCUCGGAGGGACGGCCCAUGCAGAAACCUUUCCCGUCAUGGAUCUGCGCGAUUGGUACUUUUGGAAGGAAGCUUCUGAAAGGAGAGCGGAGAAACUUGACCCCCCUUCCCUGGUUGCGGCGACCCUCGCAUCAAGGGCCUUUGACAACUUGGCACCACCUCAGUCUCCGCUCUGGAAAGACGCGUUCUGCAAGCAGCUCCAAACAUCGCCGCCCUGUGACUCACCAGAAGCACGGGCGCUUGAGAGAGAGAUAGAGUGUUUUGGUGGGUACAAGGGGCUCGUUGCAGCGGUGAAUGCGGGCUCAGAGAAUCUGAACAAAGUCAGCGGGAGUCCUGCGAAGUCCACUUUCUUGUAUCUGAUGCGGAAGUUGAAUAGCGGCCGUCUCGUUUGCUGGGGAGGAGGAACCGAGGGUGAGACUAGCAAGCGGGGAAAUCUCAUGCAAGCCAGCAAAGAUACAAGCUUCAUGUUCAGGGCACAAGUUCAUCCUCUCCUUCGAGCCGCGGAAAUGCGGGAGCUGAUGAAAGAUGAAAGUUGGGAGCCAUAUCUCGGCUACAUCUUCCAAAGAUCAACGGUUGAGUCAGAUUUUGAGAGGUCGAGAGGAGUCCUGGUGAGGGUCUGGACCGUGCCUGUGUCCGUGGUUACCUUCUUCCAAGCUACCUUGCACUGGCAGCCCCUGCCGGAGCGCGAUCCCAACUUUAAGUCACACCACAUGUGUCUGAUCUACCCCGAGCGUCACAAAGCCGAGCUCUGCUUGUGCAAAAAGAUGGACUACGGAGUCAGCUUGGGGAGCAAACAAGAGAACGUGAGCUACUGCACAAUCAUUGGCGAGAUUGAACUCAAAGACGUGGCCAGUGCUCAGAACUUUCCCGUGAUGGAUCUACGCGACUGGUACUUUGGAAGGAGGUUGGGGGAUGGAGAUUGGUCGGACUUGUAG